AUGGACGACUUCGACCAGUUCAUGGCCGAGCGCUCGGCGAGCUGGGCCGACGAUGAGCUACUGGCAGACUACAGCGAGCUUCGUGGAGACGCCGCGAUGCUGGAGAACAGCGCAGAAGAGGCCGCGGCAUACCAGCCCGACAUCAAGUUUCACGGUAUGGACACCGCCGGAGAUGAAGACGACAUGGAUCUCGACUACACUUUGACAAGUCGGCCGCAAGUUCACUCACAGAGCGACGAUUUCACACCACGUGCGUUGAGAGGUGAAUCGGCCUUGGCACUCAACAGCCUCGAGAAUGGCCUUGAGAACUCAGCCGCGGUGAAAGAUGACAACAUGACUCUGAAUCCAGACAGCGUUCUCCAAGACGCAGACGAAGUCACGAGGGACGACAUCUGGUCCGAUCCUCCCAACUCCUCUUUCGAGACGCAGCCUACAGACCCGGAUACCAGCCCUCCUGAGACCAAUGGAUCUCAAGGACAUCACCAUUUCCCAGAAGAGCUGGCUCAGAAGGAAUACCAGCUCCGUCCACAGAACCGCAGGACCAGACCGAUAUUCGAGACAACGUGGAUCGAUCGCGACGAGACAGGCAACUACGGCGAAGUGAAGACGAGGGAAGAGCUGAAGCAGGACCGACAGCGGCGUGAAAGAGAUGCCAGACGCCGAAGGGAGCGCCUCGCAGCAGCAGCCGGCGAUGUUGUGGACAGUGAAGCGGAUGAUGAGGGCGGCGCAAAGGCCAAACCAACGCUCCACGUAACUUUGAAUUUCACUUCUCCGAUUGCAAAGCAGCGUUUCAGCAACAUUGUCGCCGCUUCCAGUACCGCAGCGACUGCAGCUCAGAAUGAGACGUCUGAAGGCUACACGUUCCGACGCCGCCGUACGGCCAAGACCAGCAGAUACUUCUCAGAGUACGAACAGUCUACACCAGAGCUGGAGAGUGACCUCACAGGCCACCCUUCAGCUCGCGGCUGCUUUGAGUGCCUCAGCUUAAAUUUGCGCUGCUCCCUUCUGGACAACGAGGAAAGCUGGCCAUGUCACGCUUGCACUGAAGAUGACCACGACUGCGAGCUCAUCAUUCAGCCUGUGGUGAAGCGAGCUUGUGGACGCUGUAAGAGCAGCAGGAACGCCUGUUCUUUCGGCUGGGAAGAAGAGCAUGGCGAAGCAUGUCAACAAUGCAUGGAAGAUGGACAUCGAUGCAUUGCUGGACCACAGAAGGAGUCGAUCAGGCCACGGUUGAGCUAUGACUGGGACUGGGCGAAUGAUCCAUUACUCAAGAGGAAGGCGCUCAAGUUGCUUGAGGAUCCUCUGGCAUUCAAGAUCCGAAGGGAGCGGCCGACACACGUGUCAGCCGUUGGUCCCAGCAGUUCCAAGCGAAAGCGGGUCGCAGCAGAGGAGAGUGAUUCGGCGGUCGAUGUCCAGAGCAGCACUCCAAAAACGAUCGUUCGUCCGGCACCGCUCGGUCCAGGGACUGCAGCGCAUGGCAUAACGAAGACUAUCACCACAAAGCUCUGCCACCCCAUCAAGUUCAAUCAUGUGGACGGAGCGGGGGGUAGCAAGCCUUGCCACUUCUGCGACGAGCCAAGCCUUGCAAUCUUAGGUCUGGGUGCGAAAGAAGUGGAAGUCAUUGAAUGGCAGGAUGGACGAGGUCUCGAGGAAGUGCAGGGAGGUCAUGCUGGUGACAGGGUGGACAAUACCAGGAUCUGUCCCUCUUGUACCGUCGAGAGGAUGUCGACGAUCGUGUGCCGGGAGCACAAGCUUGCUCUUCUCCCAGAAGCGACCGACGUCUACGCCACCAACACCGCUCUCGCCGAGCUACUGUCCGGCGAUUGCCAAGCCAGCACAAAAUGGUGCUCGAUCUGCCCUAGCCUGGCUGAAUAUCAAUGCGCCACUGUCUCCGACGGCUGCCGCUGCGGCUUGCGGCUGUGCGCGAACGACAUGACUCUCUUGGUGGGCAUGUACGACGGAGAUCUGCAGAAGAUGCUGGCGGAGAUCAAGGAUGAGCCUUCGGAGGCAAGGAUAUUUGGGUUGAAAGCGGACUAUGAGUUGUUGAAGCAUGACGGGUUGUUGAUGAAGUAUGUGCUCUGGAGCAGUGGUUGA